UAGGGCUCCAGGCAUGGGAAGCCAUGCAUGGUUAGUGGCCUCAGCACUGGAAAUUGAAUCAGGUCCUCAUGCUUACACGGCAAGUGCUCUUACCCCCUGAGCUAUCUCCCCAACCCUUUUAAGUAUAAUUUCUUCAACACGUUCACUUCAACAUAAUUGAUUAUAAUUGUACUUACACUAAUCCCCAUUUAUGAUUCUUGUUGUAUUUUCUUCUCUUACAGCAAAAUAUCCAGAGAUAAAAUCCUUGAUGAAACCUGACCCCAACCUCAUCUGGAUCAUAACUCUGAUGGUUCUCAUCCAGCUGGCUUCAUUUUACUUAGUGAAAGACCUGGACUGGAAAUGGGUGAUAUUUUGGUCCUAUGUCUUUGGUAGCUCCAUUAACCACUCAAUGACUCUGGGGAUCCAUGAGAUUUCUCACAAUUUCCCAUUUGGCCACCACAGGGCGCUGAGGAACCGCUGGUUUGGAAUAUUUGCUAGCCUCCCUAUUGGAGUUCCUUUUUCAGUUCCCUAUAAAAAAUAUCAUAGGGAUCAUCAUCGAUGCCUCGGAGUUGGUGGCCUUGAUGUGGAUAUUCCUACCGAUUUGGAGGGCUGGUUCUUCUGCACCACUUUCAGGAAGCUGGUCUGGGUUAUCUUUCAGCCCCUCUUUGUGAUUUUCCGACCUCUAUUUAUCAACCCGAAACCAAUUACUUAUCUGGAAAUCAUCAAUGCUGUGGCUCAGAUCACUUUUGACAUUAUAGUUUACUAUGUUUUGGGAAUUAAAUCUUUAGUCUACAUGUUGGCAGCCUCCCUGCUUGGCAUGGGUUUGAACCCAAUUUCUGGGCAUUUUAUAGCUGAACAUUACAUGUUCUUAAAGGGACAUGAAACAUACUCAUAUUAUGGGCCUCUGAAUUUCCUGACCUUCAAUGUUGGCUACCAUAAUGAACACCAUGACUUCCCCAACAUUCCUGGGAAAAACCUGCCACUGGUAAGUGAAGGAUUUGAUAAAUACUUUCAUUUCUCAUGGCUGGCUAUAUAA